AUGGUUGUACUGAGUCGUGUGGGGUCGCCGACAAUGUCAGCGACUGUUGCCGGGAACCAGCAACAACAGCAUCCUCAUCCAGAGUGGGACAUCAAUGAUCCAAGCGUUCCAAGGGUCAUCGAAUACGAUCAGUGGUGCGAGUGGGCGGACGGUCACGUGAGGAGAAUCUAUGGACCGGAUUGCGAAGAGGCGCGAAGACACGCUUCCGGGUGGGCAAUGAGAAACACGAACAAUCACAAUGUGAGCAUACUCAAGAAAUCCUGUCUAGGGGUUUUGGUUUGCUCACAAGCGUGUACUUUGCCUGGUGGCGGCAGAGUCCAUCUUCGGCCAGCAAUUUGCGACAAGGCUAGAAAGAAGCAACAGGGAAAACCUUGUCCAAACAGACAAUGCGUUGGCCGAUUAGAGAUUCUUUCUUGUCGUGGACAUUGUGGUUAUCCAGUGACUCAUUUUUGGAGACACACGGACCACGCAAUAUUUUUCCAAGCAAAAGGACAACAUGAUCAUCCUAAACCGGAAGCAAAAUCAACGUCGGAAGCGAGAAGAAGUGUGGGCGCUGGAAGAAGAGUCAGAGGUCUAGCUGUUAUGCUAGCGAGAGAAGCUGCCCUCGGAACAAAGUUAAUGUCCUUAAGAGGUACCAAAAGGCCCAGUACAGAAGUCUUGGAGGGGCCAACAAGAACGCCUCAACCUCCACCUCUUAUUUCCGAUAAAGGAUUCUCUUGUUCCUGUUCGCCAUUCGAAUGUGUAUGCGGACUGCAGUCCAACAUUCCCUACCAACCUUCUCAUCAGCACCAGAACACCGACAUGUAUACCCAACAGACCCCAUCGACGGACCCCUCCUACUGGAUGCAGGAUCCAGUCCAAAAUCACGAAAGUACUCUCGGUUACUGCCUUCCGAGUCAGGUUCCACAAGAAGCAGCAUACCCAGAUUUCCCUUCAUUCACCGGAGACCUCUUCCAGCCCGAAGAAAUUUUCCAACUGGAUCAACCCUUGAGACCCGACUUCCCCAUGAACGCUCAAGACGUCGCCAGAUCACCGCCCACCUUACUAGACCUUGGAAGUGGGACCAUAAAGUACGAAUUAAAACAAGAGAAUCAAGAGCACUACUGGACUCAAAUCCUCAGCGAAGAUUCCAGCAGCAGCCACUUGAGUCUUCCUCCGAAUCAGCAAGAAGACAGGCUCCAGUUCCACGGAUUUGAAACCGACAAAGAUUUUGAAUCCACCAGAAGACCUAUGAACUGCUACCCCAUGACUAAGGAUGCAAAUCAAAACCAUGCCCUUCUAGAAACAGUUAAUUAUCCCAGUUACCCCAGAGUUCAUAAUCAAAAAGACUACGACACUAGAAAAAACGAUCCAAAUCAAUCGUAUUGGUGUCAAGAAGACCGACCUAAUUUUGCAGGUUUUGAAUCUCAGAAGGAGAAUGACCUCCUGAAUGAAAGGUGUGCUUAUGUCUACCCAAAAUCUCAUGAUCUUCAUAAAAGUCAACCGUUGGAACAAAUUGACCCUAGUCGUUCUCCCAACACUGAAAAUAAUUCCGCAUUUUCCGAUUUUAAUGGUUAUCAAGUAAUUGAACCAGUCAACAAAAGUCCCGGCUCGAAUCGAUCACCUCAUCAGGUUCAAAGGGUCUUGGAAGAAAGACUCAGUUAUGGAAGUCAUGAACAGAAUCCUGCUGUUAUGGAGAGACUCUUUUCUGAUCAGAAUACGAAUAAUACCGUCGUACAUUCGCAGAAUAGUCCGGAGCCCUUCUUUUAUCCCAGUAAUGAUAGGUGUCAUUACACAUGUGAGGUUCUGGAUACGAGACUUCCUCAGGUUCCAGUUGGUCAUAGUCAUCCUGCUGGCUACGGAGAUGUGCCGGAACUUGAAAUGCCGCCUUAUGUUGAUUAUACUCUUGUCGGAAUGUUGUGCAGUUCUGGUGAAGAAGAAACCUCGGCUGGUAUUCUGACGAACUGUUCCCAAUCGGGGCAAAAUUAUGUCCCUCAUCACUAG